AUCGGCAAGACGCUUGGAGCCCACAUACAAGAACCGCAGAAGCAGAGCCCCAAGCUUCUGGAGACUCUGGUUGGCCCCGUGUCGCGCAAAUGGCGAGUGCUCAGCAGGACAAUUCGAAAGCAUCUGCAGAUGCUGCCCCUGUUGAGAAUGGUCAAGACCUUGCCUCAAGCCCUGGGGAGGAUAAGUGGGACGAGGAACGGCUUGAGAAGGCGAUGAACACCUUGAAGGAGAUGCAUAUCCAACUUCGUGGAUUGCGGACCGCGGUCCCAAGGCUCAUUGCACCCCUGACAACCAAGCAACCGUCACCCGAGACGCUCUACCACGAGUUCAGGAGAUCCACCAGCACUGCGAAUCAAGAACUGCAGCAAUUCUGGAAGUUGAUGAAUGACGAAGAGAGCCUCAAAGUCCUUGAACAAGCCAGAAAGAGCAGGGCUGAGAAUCCAAACGGAAUCAAGCCAUGGAAAGUUACAGAACACCCAGACUGGGCCACGAGGGGCACAUAAAUAUAAUUUACGGGGUGGCCUGCGCGACAAACGAUGUUGGGGCUUGAAAAUUACAGCCAUACAGUGUAUGGCUACUGGCAUCAGAUGGGCGUUUUGGUUCGCGUCUUUGCGAAGCAAGGAGUUUUUGAGGGAACCUGGUGGUCCUCUACGUGGGCACCUGAGCAGAGAUGGAGUCAAAAGUAGAGAGCUUGGGCGGUCACGCUGGCGCUUGGAUCUUGUUGGUUUCUGGGGGGGGGGGUUGGAAAUUCUCUCCGGAGGAUCGUUGGUUUCUGAUACUAGGACUGGUUGGCGUGGAUGUAAAAUUAGUGGUGUUGGGGGUGUGCACUGUGCAGCCCGGGUCGUGACUCGAACAGUUAGCAAGACCCAGUGACUCCCGUCACCAAUAAAAUUAACAGCACCU